GUCCCCUUUAAGACAUAAAUAAAAGCACAACAAUCAAUAUAUACAAAAUAACAGUCGCUUCAAUAACUUUGAGAAAUGUGCAUUAGUGCAAAAUUGUCCAUAGCAGCGUAAAAAGUGUCUGGUGCUGGAUUUGAGUGUCUGAGUGUGUGUGGGGGUGUUACAAAUAAAUGACUAAUAAUUUGGCAAACUAUCACAUUUGAUGCAUCAAUGAAGAGCUUUCUAAUAAAUCUGCUCUCUGUUCUCCACUUCCUGUCCCAGCUGUCCACCUCAGCAGGAUACAUCCCCUGGAGAGCCAUCCUAACGUCCGGCCCGCUGUGGGCCAUCGUGGUCGCUCACUUCUCCUACAACUGGACCUUCUACACGCUGCUCACGCUGCUGCCCACUUACAUGAAGGAGGUGCUGGGGUUCAGCAUUAAGCAGAACGGGAUGCUGUCGGCUCUUCCCUACAUCGGCUGUGUGGUGUUAGCGGUGCUGAGCGGUCAGCUGGCCGAUCACCUGAGGGAGACCUGGCUCGUCCGCACCGUCAUCGUCAGGAAGGUCUUCUCCAUCGUUGGGAUGUUGGGGCCAGCCGUCUUCCUGGUGGCGGCGGGGUUCACCGGCUGUGACUACACCCUGGCUGUGACCUUCCUCACCCUCUCCUCCGCUCUGGGGGGGGUGUCCGCCUCCGGCUUCAACAUCAACCACCUGGACAUCGCUCCUUCGUAUGCUGGUAUUCUCCUGGGAAUCACCAACACGUUUGCCACCAUUCCUGGCAUGGUGGGCCCAGUCAUCGCAAGGACCCUCACCCAACAGGUGAGACGUGUACCCUCACCCUUCAUUAACCCUUACAUUGAAGCAGUGAUAGUUUGGUGUUUCAAAAGGUUGAGAUCCCUCCUGAGCUCCAGCGUCUCUUACUAAACAGAUGGGAUCCUUACUCGGCUUGAUACUUCAUUUCCUGUUUAAUUGGUUUAGUCAGAGCAGGAUUAGGGUUUCUUUGUCUGGUUUUCUGGAUUCAAACAGACAGUACUCCAUGUGGUCUCUGCUGUUGUAGCACGCUACCCUUUAAUACAGCAGAUCAUUGAUUUUGGCAUUUAGCCAUCACACACAGAACAAAACCGUUUAUUGGCCAACUAUCCAACCAUUAUCGUAAUUCAUAUUAUCAACAAUGGCAACCAGGUGAAGAAUAUCCUCCCACUGCC